GUAGUUUCAACAACGGUCACAAGGUUUACUUGACACAAAACACCAGCAGUUGCAUGAGUUGAUAACCUUUUUGUAUAACUAUUGAAUAAAGGCACUUAUUCAACUAACAUUGACUGACGGAUAGCUAGCCUGGCAAGGUGAAAACGAACACCGAGGAUUAGAAGAAUAGGAUGAUGUCACUAUCUCGCUUUGUGAGGAAUAUCUCAAGACUGCCCCGACCUCAGGGAGCAGCUGCGCUGUCCACACAAGUACAACCAAGUGCCAUCAGAAGUCCUGAUAUUCAAUACAACAAGAUUUUCAUCAACAAUGAGUGGCAUGAUUCUGUGAGUGGAAAAACAUUCCCCACCAUCAACCCAGCUACUGAGGAGGUCAUCUGUGAAGUAGCAGAGGGAGAUCAGGCUGAUGUGGAGAAGGCAGUUAAAGCAGCUAAAGAUGCAUUUAGGCUUGGAUCACCAUGGAGAACUAUGGAUGCAUGUGAUAGAGGGGUGCUCCUCAACAGGCUGGCUGAUCUUGUAGCUAGGGAUAGAAAUAUAUUGGCUUCCCUGGAGACACUUGAUAAUGGUAAACCAUUUGGUGAUUCAUUCAAUGCUGACCUUCACCUUACUGAGAAAUGCUACAGGUACUACGCUGGAUGGGCAGAUAAAAACCAUGGAAAGACAAUACCCAUAGGUGGGGAUCAUUUUGCCUACACACGCCAUGAACCAGUGGGAAUAUGCGGGCAGAUCAUACCAUGGAAUUUCCCCCUUUUAAUGCAAGCAUGGAAAUGGGGCCCAGCUCUUGCUAUGGGCAAUGUUAGCAUCUUGAAACUAGCAGAACAGACGCCACUCUCUGGAUUGCACAUGGCAUCUUUAAUAGCAGAGGCUGGAUUCCCCCCUGGUGUAGUAAGUGUGAUACCUGGGUACGGACCAACAGCUGGAGGAGCCAUAGCCAACCACAAUGAGAUUGACAAAGUUGCAUUCACUGGAUCAACUGAAGUUGGUAAAAUAAUUGCUGGUUCCGUUGCUAGGAGCAACUUGAAGAGAAUGACACUUGAGCUUGGUGGCAAAAGUCCAAAUAUUGUAUUGGCAGAUGCAGACUUGGACUAUGCCGUUGACCAGGCCCAGUUUGGUCUGUUUUUCAACCAGGGCCAAUGCUGUUGUGCAGGAAGCAGGAUCUUUGUAGAAGAGAAGGUCUAUGAUGAGUUUGUAGAGAGGAGUACAGAGAAAGCUAAACUCAGGAAAGUGGGAGAUCCUUUCUCAGCAGUGGACCAAGGCCCCCAGGUUGACAGUGACCAAUUCGGCAAAAUCCUUUCUCUGAUAGAAUCAGGAAAGAAAGAUGGCGCAAAAUUAACCACAGGAGGAGGCAGAGUUGGGGAUAAAGGUUACUUUGUUGAGCCUACAGUAUUCAGUGAUGUACAGGAUAAUAUGAGGAUUGCAAAGGAGGAGAUCUUCGGACCAGUAAUGCAGAUCCUUAAGUUCAAGAGCAUUGAAGAAGUAAUUGAAAGAGCCCAUGAUACAGAAUAUGGUUUAGCAGCCAGUGUAUUCACUAAGGAUCUUGAUAGAGCCAUCUUUCUGUCCAACUCACUUAGGGCCGGAACAGUCUGGGUGAACUGUUAUGAUGUGUUUGAUGCCGCUGCACCAUUUGGAGGCUACAAGAUGUCAGGAACUGGAAGAGAAUUGGGAGAAUAUGGACUGGAUGCUUACACUGAAGUCAAAACAGUGACCAUCAAGAUCCCACAGAAAAACUCAUAAAAACAGUUACUGGACCGAAACGACUCGGGGUUAGGGUAUAAAACAAUGUGAUUGUAUAGCAUUUAUGCAACUUGCCUGAACAUUGUCUUGACAGAAUAGUUCAUAUUAAUAUGCAUGUGGUUUUAGUAUAGUUGGGAACUCCUCACUAGGAUUGAGGAUACCGUGUAAGUGAAUUUAGUUUUGGAUAUGAAAGGAAAACCUUCAUGGAGUACAGCUUCUAGUGGAAUACGUUAUUCCGCCAAUAUUUUCUGCAAAACAUGGACUGUUCAUGAUAUUGUGUCACUGAUGAGUUUAAGAUAUUAUGUAGACUACUUUAGGAGUCCCUCUUUUCAUGGUAAGGUUAAUGUUCCCGAUUAUAACGAUUAUAACGUUAAAUGUGUAUGGAGAGGUGAAUUAUAUUUUUGUAAAAUAAUGUUCUUUUAUAUUAGAGUGACUCAACCUACAUGUAACUCAGGUAGAGAAAAUUAUAGCAACAUGUAACUUUUACUACCAAUGGACUAAAAUAAAAAUUAAAAUUUUUACAGAGUACAUGUACAACAUGUAUAUAUCAACCCUGAAUGUGAUUGCUGAACCUACUUGUUAUCAACUUGAGAGGUACAAAAAUGUCGCCUAUGAUUUCUUUGCUCACAAGGUGAGCAAUAAUUUUCAAUAACUGACAUAGUACAGGUUGAGCCACUUUAUAAAUGCGUUUAUGUUUUAAGACCGAACUGAUAUUUUACAUUCAGUUCAAUGUCAAAGUCAUGAUAACUGUUAUAACUGUUAAAAUGUGUAGCUUACAUCUCCUAACAUUAUUAAAAAUAAAUUGUAUAAUUUUAAAAUAACCAAUUGUAUUUGUACAGUAAAUUACAGUAAUAUUUUUUACAUUUUAUACAGUUACAUAGAUAACCAAUUAAAUGGCUGGAAACAGCAUAUACAAAAUUAUUUCAUACAAAAUUAUUUCAUACAAAAUUAUCUUAUACUAUAUACAAUUGUCAGAACAAUAAACUUGAAUAAGCAUGCAAUUAAAAAGCUGGACACAUAUACUAAAUGACAACUGUCUGUAGUAUGCAAACAGAAAUAAACAUUUACAGUUACAUACAAUUAAGUGGUAACUUAUUGUUUUAAGAUAAACUGAAUUGGAAGUAUUGGAGUUAAGUCUCAUUCCAAUGUGAUACUAGUAUUUUAAAAGAGCUCAGUGCUAAACACUGAUCCUUAAUAGAACAAAAUUUAAAGAAAAACAAUACAUAUAACCUAUAACAUGCACCAUCGUCAGACUUUGAUGCAGACCUUCUGUUCUGUAAAUACUACAGAACAGAAAAUUGCUUGUGUAUUAAGUUAAUAAAACGUGUUUUGGUUUAUUAUAAAUUGUAUUUGGAAUGCUGCUUAUUGCAUUGGACAAGGGAUUUUUAAAACAAGAAGCAUUUGUCUCAUUGGAAAUAUUGCAUUGUGUCAUGGCACUAUUUAGGGAGCAUAUGAAAAUGAUAACACACAUGUGUCAUUGUGUAUACAUUGUACAUUGUACCAAAUUAUACUGAAUUUUAAUAAUCAAAUACAUGUGAAAAUAGAUACUGUUUUCCAGAUAUCUGACAAAAUAUUUCAAAUCAACACAUCACAAGCAUAGUGAACCACACAUACGAAUAUACAGGGUGUCCAUAAAGU